UAAAUGACUACUGAACUGAUAUGUCGUAUUCGCCCCAUUCCACUGGGUUGGAACACUUCGAGUAAAUUAUCUGAAGAGCUGAAAAUGGAAAGAUGAACCACACUGUCACCAUUAGUUCGUUCCCCCACCGAGUGAUUAAUUCUCAGUGCCGAGUCAUAUAAUUGGUAGUGCCUGGGACAACAGUUUAGUGAUUUUCCAGUUGUUUAUACACUCACGAACAUCUACCGGGAAAAAGACUAACAUAUGCCUCCUAACCUUAACCAAAAGCUUGUACCUUAGUUAAAACCUGUCCGCGCUAUUUAUUGAUUGCGCUACUUCGGCGGAUAUGUUUCGGAGGCUUGUUUUCGAAUCUAAUAGAUUGCUGCGAAAUGCGAAGUGUGCUAGAAAUCUGAAAAUUCAUGAGUACACGGCUAUGGAACUGCUGAAAAAGUACGAAAUACCAGUUCCAAAAUUCAUCAUAGUUCGUAAUGUUGAAGAAGUUAAAGCUGCCUGCAAAGAACUGGGUGAGACUACAGAUAGCACAGAUAUAGUUUUAAAAGCUCAAGUGUUAGCUGGUGGUCGUGGUAAAGGGAUUUGGGAUAGUGGAUUAAAAGGAGGAGUUAAAAUUGUAUAUAAUGUAGAAGAAGCUGUCAAUGUGGCUAGUCGUAUGCUUGGCCACCGCAUCUUCACUGCUCAAACAGGCGAUUCAGGUCAAUUGUGUAAUACUCUGCUAGCAUGUGAACGUAAAUAUUCAAGGCGUGAACAUUAUCUGGCAAUUGUAUUAGAUCGAUCAAGUGGUGGACCAGUAUUGAUUGGUUGUGAACAAGGUGGCGUAAAUAUUGAAGAAGUGGCACGAGAAAAUCCCAGCGCAUUAAUUAAGAUUCCAGUUGAUAUCGAUAAAGGUUUGAAUAGAAAAGAUGCAGUAUUUAUGGCACAAAAAUUAGGCUUAGCACAUACUGAACAAGCUGCAGACUACAUUGAACGAUUAUAUAAACUAUUUAUAACAUCUGAUUGUACACUAUUAGAAAUUAAUCCGAUUUCUCAAGAUAUUAAAGGAAAUGUUCUAUGUAUGGAUUGUAAAAUGAAUUUUGAUGAUAAUGCUGCAUUUAGACAGAAAGAGAUUUUUGCACAACGUGAUUGGACUCAAGAAGAUGAACGUGAUGUGAAAGCAACUAAUGCUGGAUUGAAUUAUAUUGGUUUAGAUGGGAAUAUUGGUUGUUUAGUUAAUGGAGCUGGUUUAGCAAUGGCUACAAUGGAUCUCAUCCAGCUACACGGUGGUAGUCCAGCAAAUUUUCUUGAUGUCGGUGGUGGUGCAACAGCAGCUCAAGUUACUGAAGCUUUUCGUCUGAUAACAUCUGAUCCUAAAGUUCAUGCAAUUCUUGUGAAUAUAUUUGGUGGUAUUAUGCGCUGUGAUGUAAUUGCUCAAGGAAUUGUAGCUGCUGCUACGGAAUUAAAUAUUAAAGUGCCAAUUGUUGUACGAUUACAAGGAACUAGAGUUGAAGACGCCAAAGCAAUUAUUGCCAGUAGUGAUAUGAAAAUUUUAGGAUGCAGUGAUUUGGAUGAAGCUGCUCAUAUGUCUGUUAAACUGGCUGAUAUUGUUCAUUUGGCUCGUCAAGCUGCAAUCGAUGUGAAAUUCGAAUUGCCAUAUUAAAAAUAAAAAUAAGCGAAGAUAUACUGAAUUGCCAUCAUAGAGGUGUAUACAUAUAUACACUUCAAUAUAACAACAAGUUGAAUAACUUACAAUCGCGCCUACCUACUCAUUAUUGAUAGCUAUGUGUGUGUGUGUGUGUGUGUGUGUGGGAGUACUUCUUGUGUGUGUAACACUUCACAUUUUGUUUAUCCUACACCUUGUUCUGCCUCUUCUUCUUCUUUUCUCGGAGCGAGGCGGCAGCCGGGGGAUGGAGGGACACCCCCAGUACUAUCAUUUACAAUUAGAGAAUAAAUUAUUAUUAUCCUUUCUGCAAGAUUCAUUUUUCGUAUUAACAGUAGUCACCUUGGUAUUGUUUCUGUGUACUCCUUCCACACAAAAACACUCUCUCUCUCCUUUUCUGUCUGUCUUUUUAUCGUAACCUAUCCAUCUUUGAGAUUGAGAAAGAGUUCCCUUUUAAAAAAUAUAUUCAAUUGACACAGAGUUAGUUAUCUUCUCUUCUCUGCUCUUGUUUUAGUUGUCUCAUAUGGACAAGUUAUUGUUUGCUGUGAUUUGCUAUAAAUCAGUUUCAUAGAGCACCCAUAGCUGCUUACCUGUACACUUCUGUUAGUUGUUCAGUUGUAUUGCGCGCGUGUGUGUGUGUGUGUAUUGAAAUACCCGAAGAGUACAUUUUCAUGGCCACAUUAAAUGUUUGUUUGAAUUCUCGAUCUACUUAACCAAACAUGAGUGUAAAAAAACAAAAAUAAACAACGACCAGAAGGGAUUGUUGGCGAUCGCAUAUUUCGUCGUCAGUGUGUUUCCAGUGGUACAAUACUACUAUUAGUAGAUACUUUAUUUCGACUAUUUUUUGUGUGUUAGUGCUAUCUUUACUACUGUAUGCCUGUGUGUGUGUAUCUUUUAUAAUUACUUUCAGUGGAGUACUGUCUACCAGUAAAAAGUGUUUAGACGCCAAACAUACAUAAGCCACCAAUCCCCUAUCCUGUCUUGUCUUGUCUUGUCAGUUUCUACUCUCUACACACUGUAAGUGUAUCUAGUCUGAGUUGAGUAAAUGAGUAGUAUCUGUUUACUUUUCUUUUGUUUUGUUCUGUUCUGUCUAUGAGCACAUAUCACACACACACACACAUCCAUGCAUGCAUACAUACAUACAGUUUAGACAGAUUUUAUAUUUUAGUCUAAGAUUUUGUGCUCUUCUGGAGUAAAUACACAAAUAUCCACUAGACAAACCUCACUACAAUUAUUAUCACUAUUAUUAUUAUUAUUAUUAUCAUUAUUGUAUUCAAAGUUGUUUAUUCAUAACUUUUGUUUGCUUGUCAUCUAUCAUUUAUUACAUAAUGAUGAUAGAAUUGUAUAUGAAAAGAUUAUUACCUUAAAAAAAGAAAAAUUUAUGAUUUCUUUUUGUAUGUUCUAAACAAAACUAUUUUCUGUUUUUUUAUAACAGUUUAUUUACGCCGACUUAGGUCACAUGAAUUAAAGGAAAUACAAUGGAGUAUUGGACAGCUGUUUCGUCGUAGUUGGGGUCUCGUCAG